CUAUCUCCAGCUCUUCCUCGCAAUAGCCUCAAUCCCUGGAUUCAAACCGGUCUUUCGAUGUCGCGAUGUCUCUGAUUAUCAAUAGGCCUGCCAGUCAACAUAAAUCGGACUGAAGGCGUCGUUCCAACGACAUGAGCACAUCGCGCGGGGUCCGAUGGAAGCGUCUUUCAACGCCGUAGAGCUGCGCGAGAUCGGAAAGAAUGGAGGCGGCGCGCGAAACGCCGCCGCUCCGGUACCGACCUCAGCACCGUGGACAGCGACCAGGCCCGGGGCGGGGGGCGCCUGCCGCGGCUUCGACAACGCGUCAUACCAGCAGGAUGAGGGGCAACCCAGCGGACCACAGGGAGGACAGCCCGGUCGACCCUGCACCCUCGCAUUGAACCAAGAGACCCUCCCCCAGCGGCCCGCUCCUCCCCUCCCUCCCCCUCCCCACUCCUACGGCGAGGAGGAGGAGGCGGGCGGCGGCGAGGAGGAGGGGGGCGUGGAGCUGGCGGCGCGGGUCAGCGUGGAGGACCGGGCGGCCGACUACGGCUUUGUGCUGGCGCUGGUGUUCCUGCUGAGCGGCAUGGUGCUGGUGCUGGUGGCCUACAGCAUCCCCCGCGACGCCCACCUGCUCAACCGGCAGGCGGUGUCGGCGCGGCGCAUGGAGCGCCUGGAGGCCUACUACUCGGCGCUGGGCACCCACCUGGACCGCUGCAUCAUCGCGGGGCUGGGGCUUCUCACCCUCGGGGGCAUGCUGCUCUCGGUGCUGCUGAUGGCGUCCGUGUGCCACGGGGGGGCCGCGGGGCGGCGACGGCGUGGGGGCAGGGGCGGGGGCUUCGUCGGGCCCAAGCGGACGUACGGUUCGGUGCACCUGCGGCUCACGCAGCUGGCGGCGGCGCCCGGCGGGGAGGGGCCGGUUGCCGCGACGACCGCGGUGACCACGACGACGACGACGGAGGGGAGUGGACGGGAAGAGGGCAAGGCGGAUGUUUCCGUACCCGCUCGUGCUUGGCAGGGCGUGGUCUAGCCGCACAUGUGACAGGAAGUGACAACGUGGUCAUGGUCAACCCUCCCAGGAAAUAUACACGAAGUUGAGGAGAAGCACAUCCUGAGCACAAUGCUCUGAAAACAUGGAUCUAAAGAAGGUUUCUAUUAUUUUAGUUAUUUACAGUAAAUAAAUUAGAAAUAGAGAUCAUAUACUGUAUGGAAAGGUUAUCUACCAAGGUUAAAAGUUCUAAACAUUAUAUAAAGCUUAUCUAUAAAGCUUAUUUAAAUAACUUAUGUACUGUAUAUUAAGGUUCUUUUUCUAACUUCGCUCAGUGUUUCACCUUGGGAAUCGGCUAGGCGUGACCUACUACUGGAAGCUCCAAUUGCACCACGUCUGUCCUUAACAGACAGGUCGGACUGCGCCACAGGGUCCCGCCUCCUGCACUUAUACAGUCGACCCACCCUCCUCAAAUCAUUUCUCGCUUUUUUCCCGUGAGAAAGCUACUCAAGCUCCCUCAGCUCAUCUAGGUUAGCUUUAAACUGCUUAACAGUUCACAGACGGGCCGUCAAGGAUUCCGUCGUCUAACGCAGUCGUAGGCUUUUAACCUGGUUCGGCUGAGUAAUAAGUAAUAUUAUCGGUGGUGCUGGAUGCCCUGUCUCAUCACCCUUUUGAGCCGUUGGAGGCAUUGGGGAUGAAGUUUGUGUCGCUGAAGGUGGUGUUGCUCUAAGCUUUAACCACAGCUAAGUGUGUGAGUGAUUUACAGGCAUUGACUCUCCGUCCUUCCUGCUUGCAGUUUGCUCCGGGGAUCUCCAAGGUCUGCCUGCGGCCCAAUCCGGCUUUUGUGCCUAAGGUGGUUGAGUCGACCUAUAGGUGCCUCACGGUGGAACUGUCGGCGUUUCAUCCGCCUCCGUUCUCCUCUGCGGAGGAGCAGAGACUCAAUACAUUAUGCCCAGUACGGGCCCUACAUGUAUAUGUGAGUCGGUCAGCUGCUUUUCGGAAAAGGGAUCAGCUGUUCGUGUCUUGGGCCACUCGCCAUAGAGGCAAGCCUUUGUCCCACCAGAGGCUGUCCCACUGGAUUGUGGAGGCUAUAUCUCUUGCUUAUGAAAGUAGGGGCUUGCAGCCCCCCCAUGGCUUGAGGGCCCACUCCACAAGGGGUAUGGCUACUUCAUGGGCCUUAUUCAGGGGAGCGUCGGUGCGUGACAUUUGUGCUGCGGCGAGCUGGGCUACGCCUCACACCUUUGUUAGGUUUUAUAGGCUGGAUGUCUCAGGGCCUUCUGUUUCUCAAGCCGUGCUGGAGACGAUCUCACCAGACUCAAAGCGAUGUUUGCUGCCUGGCUGAAUUUGCAUGGCUUCGGGAGACAUAUGCAAUACGGGAGUGGUCUAUAUCUCCCAUAGUGAAACACCGAGCGAGGUUAGAAAAAUAACUUUGGGUUACUCAACGUAAUCCCUGGUUCUUUGAUAACAGAGUUAGGUGUUUCACCAACACGUCCCUCCUUGCAUUUACAUGGAAAGAAACCUGUAUAGAAUGAUUUGAGGAGGACGGGUCGACUGUAUAAGUGCAGGGGGCGGGACCCUGUGGCACAGUCCGACCAGUCUGUCAAGGACAGACGUGGUGCAAUUGGAGCUUCCAGUAGUAAUAAUAAUAAUAAUAAUAAAUGAAAUUUAUAUAGCGUUUAAUAUGGUACUCUAAGACGCUUUAUUUAUUUAUUUAUUUUCUUUUUUAGUAGGUCACACCUAGGCGAUUCCUAUAGUGAAACACCUAACUCUGUUAUCAAAGAACCAGAGAUUACGUUAAGUUACCCAAAGUUAUCUAUAGUGUUAUAAAUAAUUUAUACACAUUAUAAAGGUUAUCUAUAAAAGGUUAUAUAGAACUUAUAUUCUGUAUGAAGGUUAUCUAUAAAGUUAAAUAUAACUUAGAACUAUAAAUAUAACUUAGAAAUAUAAUAUAACUUAUAUUCAGUAUAAAGGUUAUUUAUAAACAUUAUAUAUAACUUAUAUACAGUAUAAAUGUUAUCUAUAAAUAUCAUUUAUAAUUGUUCAAAACUUAUAUAUGAAAUACAUUCAGUGGAGAAAAGAUUAUGGUUGUUUUAAGUAACAGAGCAGAAAGCCCUAUUCUUGUGUAAUAAUAUAAUGUUACUCUAAUAAUAAUAUUCUACUCUAAAAGCACAUUUACGAGCUAGAGCCACCAGAAAUGCUAGCUCUUGCACAAACAAAAAGAGGCGAUUAAGUCCGCCAGCUUAUAUUCACUUUAAUAAAUCUGUGAAUGCAGAUUUUUAGAUUGAAUAAGGAUUAAACUAUUUAUCACCGAGGAUUACUAUCAGAUUUAUAUAGAAGAAGGAUUGCUAGCGACCAGCAGAUAUAAUAACAAAGCAAUGCUAAGGCUUUAGAUUCAUACAAGAAACUACCAAAUUACCAAAUUAAGAGUCCCCUUGAAAAGAAAAGCCUAUACAUUGUCCUCUACAUUGUUUUGUUGUGAGAGACAUUCCGAUGGGUUUCACAGUGAGACGGCUCCUUGUGUUGUCACAACACAGCCCGCUGUUUUUGGAUUGGCUGGUCCCUAACGAUGUCAUCUACCCUGCACGGCGACAUUACAGGGUAUCAAUCAGCAGCAGUCUUUUAGUUGCUACUGUUAGAUGUUCGGGGUCAGGUGUUGUGUGACUCUAACCGCCCUUACCUGACCCGACCUUCAACCCCAGAUACACAGGAAGCUGCUGCUAUCACGGCAACGGCACCACAAUCUGAUCUCGGAUUGGAGGACUUUGACGAACUGAAAGGCCAUCACUGCAGGACAAAUGUGACACCUGAAUGUCCUGAGGCGUCCAAAGACUACUUUGUGUUCUCAGAGACCAGCGGACAUGUUACGACCAUCUCUCGUCCUUCCCUGUAAGAUAUGUCAACAGAUGUUACCAUGACGACGCCUUAAGACAGUCUGUUUUCUUCAUGUGUAUCAUAUAUGCUGAUGUUGGUAAGGUGAGCCCUAUAGCCAGGUACUGAGGUACUGUAGCCUCACAAACACACAAACACACACGCACACAGACACACGCACACGCACACACACACACACACACACACACACACACACACACACACACACACACAUAUAACCACACAGACAGACGGUAAAGCAAGCAAACAUUCACAACCAAGCACACGCAUGCAAACAUAUACACACACAUAGUACAAAUAAAACAUCCACACACAGUCCAUACCAGUAUUUUAAGGGGUAUCGUUAUGUCGUGUUAUGUUAAGUUUGAUGGGAGGAAUCCGAAUGUUACUCCAGGAGAUGUUGUGAAAAGUGAUUUUUUUUAUAUGUUAUUUUUUGUAAAGGCAAAGCCAAAACAUGAAUCCUGAAUGAUGUUGUGUGAGUCAGGAAAAGGAAUGUAACAUGUUGACAUUGUGGGAUGAUCCAGUAUAUAUGCUGUCAGGAUUAAACAUGUUGUAUAUACAUCA